AUGGCAGCCGAGAGUGCACCCAGGGAAGUUUGGCUAAAUGUUAUUGGCCAUCUAUCUUAUUUCGACGAAGUGCAUCACCUGAAAGCCCUAUAUGGCCUUCUUCUCACGAAUCGCUCAUGCAGUAACGCGGCACGUAGGCCGCUUGAGAAGGUGCUGUACUCAAAAUACUUCGAAGGCUUAGACAUACCUCCUUGGAACAUCAAUUACAAUCCAGUUGAACAAAGUGAAUUCGAUUACGUUGAUUGGAAAUGUAGAUUGCUAGAACGAUGCAUCAUCAAAAUACAGCGCCUCCCACAGCAAUUCCGAAGCUCAGCUAUUUUCAGGAUGACGCCUGAUCAGCCACACAAAUGUCUAUUCAUGAAAAGCUCAAAAGAUUACCUCAAAGUCAAUCAUGAGCGUGAAACUCUAGAGGAGUUGUUAUCCGUGCCUUACGGAGAGUCUAUACUUGACCUUGGUAGAACUCAAGAUCAGAGACGUCUAUUUGAAGCAGACUACUUUGGCGACAUUGUGAACGGACUACUUAAGGCGAAUGAAGGGUGGACUUUUCGAGACACGGCUGUACCUUUGUUUCAAAUGUUGGAACAAAUGUGUAGGUACUUUCGGCUCGAGAUCAUCGAAGGAUCCGACCGUCUCAUCUUCUCAAGAGAAACAUACGACAUCAAAGCUGCAGAAGACAAGCGUCGUAAGGCAAAUGAAAAGAAACUUCAAGAACAAGAACAGCAGCUGGAAGAGAAGCUUCGUACUGAAAGGAAAAGCUGUAUCGAGAAAUGCAGCAAUUCUUUCAUUCCGUCCAGUCCUACUGCUGAAGACUGCGACCCGAAGGAUGAGCCGAGUAAGAGUCUCCAAGGAAAGAGGAAGGCAGGCACCAACACAAAGACAUUCGAAUCAUUCGACCAUCCAGAAGUAAGCUACAAGCGCCGAAGGCAUGGGUGUAGCUUGACACUGGCCAUCAUUACGCCCAUGAAGGACGCUUUUGGUCCUGAAUCUCCGACUUCAGAAGUAUCUCAAAGCCUUGAAAACUUGAAGAUCAACCCUCCCGUUGACGGAGAAAACAAUCAGUGUAUAACGAACACUGCCACUCCAAGCUCAUCAAAAGCCCCAGAUGAUUUAACUGACGUUUCACAGCUAGAGAAGCCUCACUCACCAUUCAUACCCUCCCUCCGAAGAUCUGAUUCUGAAGACAUUCAGAUAAGUCCUCAUUCAAAAGUUAUACCAUUUCUCUUCGACGAAGACCCUGAAGAUCUUCGGACGACGUAUCUUCUGUCUCUAUCAAAACGUCAGCUCUUCGGCAUUCUGAGAAAUCUUCACGUGGAGAUGGAGAGACGCAUGCUGAUAGAGCGCCUGUUGUCAGAGCCAGACAGCUCUGGUGAGGAAUCCCAUGAGACAACAAUCAACGAGGUAGCAUCGUUGCUCACUCUUCAACCGAAGCUCCGACGCAAAUACAACAGCAUGGGACAUCGCGGCAGAGACAAGUACGACCUAGUAGAUCUCACGAAUCGGCGGCUCGAAACGAUGAAAACUGUCCAAAAGCCAGCCGACGACCUUCAACUGCAAAAUGUAAGCAUUUCCAAAAUUGAGACUUCACUGCUAAAUCGCCUACGUACAUUUCGUGCGCAACGGAUACCAUCGAGGGGCAAUCUUGCGAUACUGUUUCUCUAUGUCACAGUGUUUCUGUAUAUCGUCCACAACGAGUCAAGCACCGGCAAGUUGCAAGCACGCCUCUACACUAGCAACAUGGCUCUUCAAGAAGCCCAAGAAUUGAUACAAUCGAAUGUUGGUCAUCACGUUGAAUCGCCAUUAGAACAUGCAGAGACUUUGGUUCAUUCGAGAGCAGUUAUUACCCCUGUCGUACCACCAUCUGGUCAAGAAGAGAUCACACUUUAUCCAAAGGCAUACAAUAAUGAUGAAGCGAGAGAAAUGCGAAUGAAUGAAGGAUAUUGA